AGCGUUGCACCACUGAUGUAACUUUCAUUUCCUGAUCGCGAUGUUACGGACGCUGUGUCGGACCGGCGGCCUCAUUUUGCAGCAGACCCAGCGGACCGUGCCGAGGUUGUGUGUUAACCCAGUUCAGCAGCGAUGGGCGUCCAGCCUGCCCAUGAACACCGUGGUGCUGUUUGUGCCCCAGCAGGAGGCUUGGGUGGUGGAGAGGAUGGGUCGCUUCCAUCGGAUCUUGGAGCCGGGUUUGAACUUCCUCAUACCCAUACUUGACAGAAUUCGCUAUGUUCAAAGUCUCAAAGAAAUUGUGAUUGAUGUCCCAGAGCAGUCUGCAGUAUCCCUAGAUAAUGUAACACUGCAGAUUGAUGGCGUGCUUUACUUAAGGAUACUAGACCCUUUUAAGGCCAGCUACGGUGUUGAGGAUCCAGAGUAUGCUGUCACACAGUUGGCACAGACCACCAUGCGUUCAGAACUGGGCAAACUCACAUUGGACAAAGUGUUCCGAGAAAGGGAGUCUCUGAAUUCCAACAUCGUCCAUUCCAUCAACCAAGCUUCAGACGAGUGGGGAAUCCGUUGCCUUCGUUAUGAAAUCAAAGAUAUACACGUUCCACCUCGUGUCAAAGAGUCCAUGCAGAUGCAGGUGGAAGCUGAGCGUAAAAAGAGAGCCACGGUGCUGGAGUCUGAGGGGACAAGAGAAGCAGCCAUUAAUGUCGCUGAGGGUCGUAAACAAGCUCAGAUCUUAGCCUCGGAGGGUGAAAAAGCAGAACAGAUCAAUAAAGCGGCUGGUGAGGCCCAAGCAGUUCUAGCCAAAGCUGAGGCCAAAGCCAAGGCCAUCCGUAUGUUGUCAGAGGCUUUGACAGAGCAGAAUGGAAAUGCUGCCGCUUCACUAAGUGUAGCUGAGCAGUAUGUGUCUGCUUUCUCAAACCUCGCUAAAGAGUCAAACACCAUCCUUCUGCCCUCUAACACUGGUGACAUUAGUGGAAUGGUUUCACAGGCUAUGACUAUUUAUAGCACGCUGGCAAAGCCAAGCAUGAGGGUAACUCCAGAGGUUUUGGAGGAGAACCGUGAAGAGGCUGCGAACCCAUCGGGAUCACCUCAAGAACAGAGAAUUAAUGAAUGAACUCAAACUAAUAAAUGACACAGAACCAGAAGAAGCAGUUUAUGUUGAAGGUCCACGGUUUGUUCUCACACAGACCUUAAAGUGACAGGACAAAAGGGAAAAAUUGCCAACUUUAAAACUCUUCCGAAGCCUUGUCCUGGAGCCUGGGGGAAAAGUUACACCUUUUGUAUGGGGAUUCGUAAUCUUCACUGAGUAUGGUUUAAUUAGUGUAUGUUUGAGAAAGUAACACCAGCCUCCAGCCAAAUACACAGAUACCAGAGUCUAUCCAGCUGACAUGGAUGUCAGCACAGACAAGGAUGCAAAAAUAAGUCUCCCCUGAGCAAUUUUAUAUUUUAAUAUGUUGAGCCCUUUUGACCUCUCUACCUGAGGUUUUUGUAGAUUAUACCAUUAUGUUUUCUCACUUUGCAGCCUAUUUUCCAUGUUUUCCCAAAUGACUAUAUUCAGGUUCUCUGAGAUUAUUAAUAAUUAUAUAAUAAUCAAAGCCAGCUCAGGUGAAAAUAUAUACAUAGGUAUUAUUUACAGAAAUGGGUGACAAUUCUCCCUCUUUGUGUUGAUGGGACCACCGACUUUAAGUUGCUGCAUGUAAUGCCUGGCUGGAUUCCUCACAAUGUUUCUAAAAGUGUAUUAAUUUCACAGUUUACUACGUUUUUGGAAACAUUACCCUAUCGAUAAUAAAGCUGUAUCCCCAUGAAAAGGUUACGUUAGAAUUUCCUUUAGGAAAAAAAAAAAACUUUUUGAAAUGAUUAAGAGAGAAUUUUUUUGUCAAAGACUAGGUAAUGUCCUGUGUCAGCUCGAUGAUCAAAAUAGUCCUCUCCUCCGAGUAUUUGUAUUCAUAUCUGAUGUCUUACCGGAUAUAUUUAUUAAAUUUCAAGGUUCACUGCAAAGACUUUAAGUUUGUUUUGUUAUUUCUGUUUUCUACAAAAUAAUGGAAUAUGAACUGGGCAACCGGGCAUGUUCAGUCUGAGAAGAUUUGAAAAGAUGUGGUU